GGCAGGAAUCCAAGAAGAAAGUCGGGGUGAAAAACAGUGGAUGUCGGUGGGACAAGGCCGAUCAGAUUUAAUCAGAUAUUCAAGUCUAGCGGAAGAAUAACAAGGGCCCUGUUCUUCUCCAUCCUGCCAUCAUUUCUUAAUAGUCGUUGCCCGAGCACUGCAGAUUUAUGCUAACGAAAUUCAUUUGUUUCUUUGUUUGACGCUAGCACGCUGCGUAGCUAACCUAGCAGCAGUUCGCAGGAGAUAUGACAUGACAUAGCUAACCAUUACUUUCUCUCGUGGAUGGAACGCAAUAUUGUUCUGGACAUUUUUAUUAAAAAAGCUACGAAUAUAUCGUGACCAGCUUGUACUUUCAGAUAAUCAGCUGGUGUAACAUAACUUUACAUGGCUCGAGAGAUGUCGCUACACGGUAAGCGAAAAGAAAUUUAUAAAUACGAGGCGCCAUGGACAGUGUACGCUAUGAAUUGGAGCGUGCGGCCCGACAAGCGGUUCCGUCUGGCACUUGGGAGCUUUGUGGAAGAAUACAACAACAAGGUGCAGAUUGUGGGUCUGGAAGAGGAGAGUUCAGAGUUUGUUUGCAGGAAUACAUUCGAUCACCCUUACCCCACCACCAAGCUCAUGUGGAUUCCAGACACCAAGGGCAUGUACCCCGACCUCCUGGCCACCAGUGGGGACUACUUGCGCAUCUGGAGGGUCAGUGACACAGAGACGCGUCUUGAGUGCCUGUUGAACAACAACAAGAACUCCGACUUCUGUGCGCCACUUACGUCCUUUGACUGGAACGAGGUGGACCCUAAUUUACUGGGCACCUCCAGCAUCGACACCACCUGCACCAUCUGGGGACUGGAGACGGGUCAGGUGUUGGGCCGGGUGAACCUGGUGUCUGGCCAUGUGAAGACCCAGCUUAUCGCCCACGAUAAAGAGGUGUAUGACAUAGCGUUCAGUCGUGCGGGUGGAGGCAGGGACAUGUUUGCUUCGGUCGGCGCGGACGGCUCGGUGCGCAUGUUCGACCUGCGGCACCUGGAGCACAGCACCAUCAUCUACGAGGACCCCCAGCACCACCCGCUGCUGCGCCUCUGCUGGAACAAGCAGGACCCCAACUACCUGGCCACCAUGGCCAUGGACGGCAUGGAGGUGGUGAUUCUGGACGUGCGUGUGCCCUGCACGCCGGUCGCCCGGCUCAACAACCACCGUGCGUGCGUCAACGGCAUCGCCUGGGCACCGCACUCCUCCUGCCACAUCUGCACAGCAGCGGACGAUCACCAGGCACUCAUCUGGGACAUCCAGCAGAUGCCCCGCGCCAUCGAGGACCCCAUCCUGGCCUACACGGCCGAGGGCGAGAUCAACAACGUGCAGUGGGCCUCCACCCAGCCCGACUGGAUCGCCAUCUGCUACAACAACUGCCUGGAGAUCCUGCGCGUGUGAGCGCUCAGAAAGGGAGGAAACACAUCAGGAAGAUUUGUGUGUGUGUGUGUGUGUGUGUGGGGGGGGGGGGGGGUUGUUGUGAAUGUGUGUAUUGUGGUUGAAGGCCUUGAGAUGUUGGAGGACUGAGGACUGAAGAAGGAAGCGGAAUGUCGUUGAGCCCUGAGGGUGAUAUGAUUUAUGGGGCUUAGGAGGAUUUUAGACGGCUGUGGGUUAGAGCAGUGAACGUUUCUAACUGGACUGAAGCCUGCUGCUUAGGAACUGACGAGAUGGGUGGAACACAGCUUGGUUGUGUGUGUGUGUGUGUGUAUGUGUGUGAAUGUGAAUGGAUGCUGAUAUGUGUGUAUACACCAUUACACAGUCUAAAUAAUUCUUCCGGACUUUUGGACAUUCAGAAUGUUUCUGUGCAGUAUUUUACGGCCAUUUGGGUCUACUGGAAGGUGUAACAGAAAGUGACUGAAAUAUUUUUAACUUGAAGUAAGUUUGCAAGCAACAAAACAAAGCUGGCAUAUUCUUUUGUAUGUUGUGAAUAUCAUGUGUAAUGAUAGUGUAACACAUUAAUUUCAAAUUGCAAAUUGCAAAUAGAUGCACAGACGGUUUCAUUUUUUGAUCAUAAUGUCCUCUGGUCAGGUCAGUACUCGGUCAGGACUAUCUCACAUUCCUGUUGAGAUGGUUAGAUUUUGUAUGUGGGAGUUCUUUGAAGAUAAACCAAUACAGAAGAUGCUGUAAUCAUGAUAACAGGCCUGGUUGUGUGGUAGAUAACAUUUUUUUCCACAAGAAAGUGAAGAACUGAAGCAGUACUUCUGAGGGUGCUAUGUUAAUGUUCAAAUAUGCAAAAGCAUUCUUCAGCAGUCAAAGGGUAUCAUUAUAUUCAAUGGCUUUCAUGGCUUUCAUCAGGACCGUUAUAAUGGUACACUGCAGAUAAUGGCAGUAGGCCUACACGGAAGUGUAUUCUUCCCAGGAAAAGGAUAAUGCUUUCUCCUUCUCUGUUAUAAUCACUGUAUAGCCUCUUUCUUAGUGUUCUUCAUUUUAAGGUCUGGUCCUUUGCAUGUUGAAAACAGGAGAUUGUGUAUAUUCAUAUAAAUCUUAUCUACUCAGUCAUGUCAUAUUUGGUUUAGUGUGUUUUCUAGUUUGUUUGGUUUUGUUGCUAGGAAGGGUUGAUGUGUAGUCUGACUACAGAAUUCUGACUUUGCAGUCAUCUGUAAAUCCUGUGCUUUUCAUGCCGUUGUAGCCACUUGUCUUAACAUCUUUGUUAUUUUGCAAACAGUGUGACUAGUGAAGGAUUUGUGUAGUCCCAAGCAGUGACUGAGUUUUGUAUUUUAAUAAACAAUUCUUGUUUUAAA